AGCAAUCAUGACGCUUUGGGCGACAGCAUGGAGUUCGCUGCGUCUGGAGGGCUGCCUCACGCUGGCAGCGUCAGCGAUGCUGGCGCGAGAGUACCGGCUGGCCAUCCUCAUGACAUCCAUCGCUGCCGUGGCCACACAAGUGAAGCGGCGGAAGACAGAUGGACAGCAGGGAGAAGAUCCGAAAGCCAGAUCUGUCUUCUACGAGGAGCGGCAGACGCCUCACGGAAGCGUGGCCUUUGCUGUGAUUGCCCUGCCGACCCUGAUAGCAUCCAGCCCCCUGCAGUCAUUGCGCAGAGGUCAGUCAGGCUGCACGCCACCAAAGGAAUGAAUGGAUGGAUGGCACUGUGGGCACAUUCGGUGUGUGUUGGUUGCAACAGGAGUGUACAGGAGCGCGGUGAUCUGUUGCCUUCUGGGGUCUGUGCAGGCGCUCAUCGACCGCACUGUGGGUCACCUGAUGGGUGUGACGGCACACGCCAUCGAGCUCAUUGUGCUCACGGGCAUUCCCAAGCUCAUACACCUGUUCACUGCGCCCGAAGGUGAUGAUGAUGAUGAUCUGCCCUGCCCACACACACGGACGGACGGGUGUUUAAAUGUCAUUAAUCGUGCUGACCUUGUUGUCUGUCGUCUGUCUGUCAGAUGUGGGUGCGAACGACUAUCUGUCUUGGUUCCCGCUGUGUUUUUUCGUGCUGCAUAAGCUGCUGACGUAUGCCUGCUUUCGACUGUCACCUAGGUGAGAAGCAUCGGCAACAGGAGGCAGGCACGUGUGGACGGACCAUCACGCCGUCCUUGUGCUUCCUCCGUUUGGUCAUCAGGUGUUACACCUUUGUCGAGGGCUGUCUUGUGUCUGGCUGCGGGGCGCUGGUCGGCGCGGCAGCCAUCGUGGGAGCCACCAAGGUAUGCAGACAGACAGAGGGGAAAGAAAUGCACCACAUUCUCUCGCUCUUGCUUUAAAUGUCAGGGAUUCAUCGGCUGGGCGCCUCCUACGACCUUCUCUGCCGUGAUGGUGCUGGUGAUUGGGAGCUGGAUCGCACUCGCCACACUAGUAUACCGCACAAUCCCGCCCAAGUACAGGGCGGCUGGAGGGCUGGCGGGGCUGCUGGUGGCCAUGGGGGUGUUCAUGGGGUGGGGGCUGCGAUUCCCUGCACACUGGAGGAGAUUCGCUGCUGGUCAGCUGGCACAUGGCGCGCAUACGCACACGGGGACACACACACACGCACACACACAUACAUCCGACGGUAUGUAUUGCCUCCUUCACAGAUCCCCCAUUUAUGUGGCUGUUGCGUGCGGUGUUCGAGCACCCCACCCGCCGAUGGCUGACGCUCUACUGGCUCACAUGCCUAGCCGUCGGCGUGCCAACGAUCCACUUCAUCGCUCGCAUGAUACCCACAUCCCCACCCACACCCACACACACCCAGACAGAACCAACGGCACAGAACAAGCCAGACCGAGAUCGAGAUCGAGAUCGAAAACGAGGGCGGGAGCGAGGGGGUGAGGAUGACGGCACCCAGGUGCAGUCGGAGACGGGCUCUGCGUCAACUGUGGGCACGUCGCCGUCAGCUCAGUGUGUGGAGGACAUGGCAGUGGAUAACGCUGCCCACAACGGGCUACGUGAACUGAGGAGGGAUAAUGGCGCGGUAUCUGUAUCUGCUGCUGUGGGUGGACGGGACGAAAGCGGUGAUGGUGACAGGGGGAGGCGGCGGCUGGUCAUACUGCGGAAGCUUUUUCAUGUGCUGGCGGCCGUGCUCUUCCUGCCGCCCAUACAGAUGAAAGAGGUACGUCACGUCGAUCGAUGGAUCACUGGAUGGAUGGAUGGUGUUGCGUUCGUUGUGCAGGUAGAGUUCUUGGGUUUGGCGCUCUUUGUGGCAUUCAUACUCUUUCUUGUCGUCGAAACAUGCAGGUAACUUAAGUAAUUGCAGACAGACAGACAGACAGACACACAGACAGAAGCCCUGUGUGAUGUGAUCGUCCUUUUCUACGCGUACGCAUUUGGUGUGUGUCGUAUACAGGGCGACUGAGGUGAUCGGCAUCGGGCCGAUACUGCAGCAAUUUGUCGACCGGUACGUACCGACCGAAGCCCUCACACGAAAUCUCCCUGCGGGUGAGGUGACGGUGGUGUGUAUGUUGUGGUUUGUGUUGUGUGUGCAGGUAUCUGGACGACCGUGACAGCAACGGUUUGGUGCUGACACACAUCUAUCUCCUGACGGGGUGCGCCAUGCCCAUCUGGCUAGAAGCCAUCGCAUCAGAAGCAGGUCAAGACAGACACCACACACACACAGCCAGCUCGCCGACGCGACACAUACACCUGUUUGUUCUUCUCGGUGAUUCAUGGUGUGUGGUGUCGUGUCGGUGGGUGCGGUGCUCAGGUGCGUCCCCCAGUGCUCUGAGGGCAUCGCUGGGCAUCCUCACGGUCGCUGUAGGGGACGCCGCGGUACGGACGGCACACCACACCACACCCACAUAAGCCAGGCAGCUUACGACCAUGGUUGGUUGGUUGGUCGGUUGGUUGGUCGAUGGAUGCCUUGCUUGCUUCAGGCAGCGGUCAUUGGCGUGACUGUGGGCCGCAUCAGGUGGUGGGGGUCUAUUAAAAGCGUCGAGGGUAAGUGCAUUAAUGACGCUCACCAGACGGACAUACAUACAGACAGACAGACAGACAAUGACACCGCCAGCCUCUGAUGUCCGUCUGAUGUGGCCCGCCUGCCUGGCUGCCUGCCUGCCUGCCUGCAUCCAUCGAUCAGGCACGUUGGCCUUUGCCCUUGUGGGGUCCAUUGUGGCCGUCACAUCCGGACUCGCAACCAUACAGGUGACUCACAUAAAGCCCAAUAGACACUGGUAGGUCGUCUCGGCAUGGUUGUUGGCCGCGUGUCUGGCAGAACACAGCCGAGCUGCAUCUGCUGCGCGUGUGUCUGCUGCUGACGGCCGUCGUAGAGGUGAGUAGGCAGAGAGAGAGAGAGCGUGCGCACAGAUGGCAAUCUUGCCAUAUUUGUGAGAGGCUUUUGCUGUCGUGUGCUUCAUUCAGACCUUCACGGCAGACGUCGACAACGUGAUAUUGCCCGUGUUCAUUUGCUGCAUCUAUAAUUCGUUCAGGCCAAUGCUGGCCGCCCUUCCCGACACCAUACUACACCCAGCCACACCCGGCCACCUGACUGAGUGACGAUGGAUGACGGGCGGCUCGGCCUGCAAUACCGCUGUGCACGUGUGUCCCUAUUUGUCGAACUGGAUGGAUCCAUGGAUGGAUGGAUGGAUGUGGUGUCUGUGGUGUAUGUGCAGUCUGCAUGCCAUGCGUGGGUUGUCUGGACAGCCCAGCGGUCUUUGUUUGUAUAGCUUCCUGUCUGUCUGUGUGGUGCACUGCAUGUGAUGAGGUGACGCCAAGUGGCUGUGCGUGAAGUGAAAGCGAAAAGCAAUG